AUGAAUAAAAAUAUCAUUGAGAAUCUCUUCCUCUUGGAUAGACCGGUUCCGUUUUACCUUGAACCAAAUAUAGGACGUAUACUGCAAGAAAGAUCUAACGUGUUUGAUUGUCCGCGGUCUUGCUGCGCUUUAGCAAAGCCAGUUCUCGCUGAGCCUCGUCGCGGUCAGGCCACUCUUACUCUCGUACGGCCUCUCAGUUUCCUGGUCGCACUCUCGAUUUCAAUCCGUUGGUUUCUGCGUGAGAUAACUACGCGUAAUCUCGCAAUUGUGAUUGUGCGGCCAAACAUGUUACAUCAGGAGCAAAAUGUGCAUGAAAAAAAGCGAGAAUUCUUGAAGACAUAAUACUGCAAAAGAAAUCAAGCUUAACCGUGACAUUUCAAAUUAUUAUCAGUGAUCAUUUUAAACAAUUUUCAGUGAUCAAAGUUCUUGACAUGUAUUCAAUAAUUUAUAAAUAGUUGACCAGUUGGUGUUGUGUAACAAACAAGUAGAUGACUUGUUAAAAAAUUAAAAAAAAAAU